CAGAUUUUGGACCCUUGCAAAUGGAAGUGUGUGGGCUUGUCAUGUGGGAAGAGCCGUCGUUUUCAGGGUUUAAGCUGUUUCUGCCCCCCUCUUGCUCAUGGCAAUAAGUGAGAUUUGAGGGCGCAUUAGGGGUUUAUUGUAGCUCAGCUUUAUUAGCCCAUCAACUCCUCCGAGGUGAUGAAAGGACAGGUUGAAUAGUCAGCAGAUAGCAGCAAAGCAAACAUGGUGGAGAUCAUGGGGUCAUAUGUAUCCUGUUCUGAGUCACAGAAAAUAGUUGCCAUAGUAUGGGACUGGUCUCCUCUGUUCAGUGCAAAUCAGGGCAGGCACAGGCCGGGGAUAUAUAUUUUCUGAGAUGGAAUUUGAUCCUCCGUGCUUGACACCUUUAUUAAGUAAGAUGAGAUUUUGGAGCAACAUCAUACGACGCUGCAAUCAUCCUGCAGCAUGGUCUUGAGGUGGCAUGCAAAUUCUUUUGUGAAAAGCAAUGACUAUUGCUGAGCCAGAGUGCAUGCGCAGUGUGUUUUUUCCCCCCACUGUUUCCCUUAGGUUUUCCUGUGCUACCUGUGUCCACCCUUUUCUCUCAGGAAAGGGAUCACACAUGGCAUCCUUCUAAAUCUUCCUAGGGCCAAGCUGGAGAGGGAUUGAUGGCAGCUCUUGGCUCCUCUUGCUUCCCUUUUGUUGAAAGGACAUGCCCCUCUCCACUGUCCAUGAUCACCCCUGGGCCCUUGUAAAUUGCCCCUCCAACAGCAGAUCUCCCCUUAGCUAGUCAGCCACAGUGCUCUCCUCCCCCAUCUUCCUUAUAUGCAAUAUCCCUGAUACAUACACUUGUGUUUGUAUUGCCUGUAGCUACAUCUUCCCAGAUCUCCUCAGCUUCCCUGCCCUCUCUCUUUCUCCUCUCUGGUAUGUCUACUAUCUACAUGAGCCAGCUACCUGCUACUCUCCCUCUAAUGGAGGGGGAUCAGGAUCAGGGGCUCUUUCCAGCCUUCCAUAGAGCCAAGGACCCUCCUAUCCUGUUUCCCUUCAUGAUCGACAGCGCCGUCGAGCACCAAGGCCAGAGCUAUGGAGAUCAGAGCCUGAGGAGGCAGCAGGUUUUGGGUGAAUCCAAUCAACAGUUCAAUGAUCACGUGAUGAUGGGUGGAUCAGACGUCUUCCUCACACCGUCUCCGUUCCGACCGACCAUCCAAAGCAUCGGCAGCGACAUGAUCCAGCGAUCGUCUUAUGAUCUAUACGAUGUGGAGAACAAGCACGCUGGCGGCGGAUCAAGCAGCAAGUGGAUGUCGACGCCGCCGGUGAAGAUGAGGAUCAUAAGGAAGGGGGCGGCAACCGAUCCCGAGGGCGGGGCGGCCGUGAGAAAGCCAAGAAGAAGAGCACAAGCGCACCAAGAUGAGAGCCAGCUGCAACAACAGCAAGCUAUGGGUGUCGUUAGAGUGUGCUCGGACUGCAACACCACCAAGACCCCCUUGUGGAGAAGUGGUCCUUGUGGCCCUAAGUCCCUUUGCAACGCGUGCGGCAUCAGGCAAAGGAAAGCGCGCCGGGCGAUGGCCGCUGCUGCCAACGGCGGUGCGGCGGCGCCGCCGCCAGCAAAGAGCGCCGUGGCGAGCGGCGCGGCGGUGAACAAGCCGGCGAAGAAGGAGAAGAGGACGGACGUCGACCGGUCGCUGCCGUUCAAGAAGCGGUGCAAGAUGGUCGUCGAUCAUGCUGUAGUCACUGCCACCGCCGCCAAGGCAGCCACGGCCAGCAUAGACGCCGCCGCUCCGAAGAACGAUCCAGAUCACGUCGUCGGCGGUGGUGAGGAGAACGACGCCGCCGCCGUCGCGGAGAGCCCGGCGACCAAGGCCGCCGGCGCCACCGGCGCCCCUCCGGCGUUCUUCCAUGGCCUCCCCCGCGACGAGAUCACCGACGCCGCCAUGCUGCUCAUGACCCUAUCCUGUGGCCUCGUCCGCAGCUAGCUAGCUAGCUCAUCAGAAGUAGCUACUGGGUAACGCACCGUCAAUUGAUGAGGGCAACAACUCAUCAUCCGAAGAACUACUUACUACUCGCAAUAUUGUGUGGGCUGCUCACCUUGUGAUCUUGUUGUUUUUGUGCUGUUGACAUCGAUCAGGAUGAAGAGAAGAUCGUGAUCACAUGUCUAAGGACCAAAUUAAUAAGCGAUCAAAUUCGCUAGCUAGCUAGCUACUAGCCGGGAUCAGGGUUAUGUUUGCAAUCAGCUGAGUGAUUAGCUUGAGGUUUUUUUCUCCCCUGCUGCUGCUAAUUAAUCAAGCUACUAUAUAUAUUGUGUUUCUCAUUUAGUUUUCUGUAUCGAUCUGUUGUGUUUGGAGCUAAUAAAUAAAAUAGAGAUAGGAGAGAAUCGAUAAGGGAGAAUUAAUUGGGUAAUUUUAUAGUAUUUAAGUAUGUAUUGAGAGACAGUAAAAUUUUA